GUGGGCUGUCGUGCGCGCGCUCUUCUUUUUGGCAUUGGCUUCGAGUCUGACGUUACUUUGCUUCCAGACGUGGCUUUUCACCCUGGGUUAGAGUCAGUGCAGCCUCCAUCUUCACCAUAGAGUCACCCGGCCUCUACCACGCUCCCGGGUUACUGUACCUCGCAUACGACUGACUCACAACUCAUACAACCCCGCCGAACGCGCCUCACACUCCACCACAACAUCGACAUGGCUGACGCAGUCAAAGACGCAGUCAACUCGGCUGUCGAGGGUGUCAAGAACCUGUCCGUAGCUGCCGAGCAGAAAGUCACACAGAAGGAGAACAAGGCCCCUAAACCCAAGAAGGAGAAGAAGGCUAAGGGAGAUGGUGGUGAUGGUCGUCCAUUGAUGCUCGACCCUGCGCCAGCCUUUAUCGACCACCGCAUCCAAAUCUUCGAGAAGCUCAAGGCGAAAUACGACGAGGAGAUCGCCCAGAAGCCCCGCGAGAAGAUUACCAUUACACUCGAGGACGGCAAGAACAUCGAAGGAGAGUCAUGGGUCACCAGCCCUGCCGACAUUGCGCGAAACAUUGCAAAGAGUCUGUUCGAGCGCACCGUCGUUGCACGUCUGGACAAGGGCACACCAGAUGAGACACUGUGGGAUCUCGAGCGACCUUUGGAGAAGAGCUGCAAGCUUGAGCUCCUACCCUUUGACGACCCGGAAGGCAAGAAGGUCUUCUGGCACUCGAGCGCACAUAUCUUGGGAGAAGCAUCGGAACGCAGGUUCGGUUGCGACCUUUGCAUUGGCCCUCCAAUUGAGGACGGUUUCUACUACGAGAUGGCUCUUCCAGAAAACGCUGCAGUUGACCCUGCCGACCACAAGCCGCUUGAGACCAUUGUCAACUCCAUUGUCAAGGAGAAGCAGCCGUUCCAGCGCUUGACUCUCUCCAAAGACGACCUGCUCGAAAUGUUCAAGUCGAACAAAUACAAGCAGCACAUCAUCAAGGACAAGAUCGCAGACGGUACCUUCACCACCGUAUACCGCAAUGGACCGUUGAUCGAUCUUUGCCGAGGACCACACGUACCGCACACCGGACGGAUAAAGCAAUUCAAGGUCAUGAAGAACUCUGCUUCAUACUUCUUGGGUGAUGCCAAGAACGACAGCUUACAGCGUAUCUACGGUGUCUCGUUCCCAGACAAGGACGCGAUGCAGGCCCAUCUCAAGUUCCUCGAGGAGGCCGCCAAGCGAGACCACCGCAAGAUUGGAAAAGAACAAGAGCUGUUCUUCUUCCACGAGUUCAGCCCCGGUUCUUGCUUCUUCCUACCACACGGUCAAAUCAUCUACAACACACUGCAAGCAUUCCUGCGCGAGGAGUACUGGAAUCGUGGGUACCAGGAGGUGGCAUCACCGAACAUGUACAACUCGGCGCUUUGGAAGAUCUCUGGUCACUGGCAGCACUAUGCGGAAGACAUGUUUACCUUUGAUGUCGAGAAGGAGAAGUGGGCGCUGAAGCCUAUGAACUGCCCUGGACACUGUCUCAUCUUCAAGCAUCGUGAGCGAAGCUACAGGGAAUUGCCCAUCCGUAUGGCUGACUUUGGUAUUCUACAUCGAAAUGAGGCUAGUGGUGCGCUUACUGGUCUUACACGAGUCCGCCGAUUCCAGCAAGAUGACACACACGUAUUCUGUACCCAAGAUCAGAUCACAGAAGAGAUUUUUGCACUCUUCGACUUUCUGAAGGCGGUAUAUGGAAAGUUCGGCUUCACGUUCAAGCUGAAGUUGAGCACACGUCCAGAGGGUUUCCUUGGUGAUAUUGAAACCUGGAACAAGGCAGAAGCUAAGUUGACUGACGCUCUUAAUGAUUUUACCGCUGCUGGUGGUGGUGCUUGGGAGCUGAACCCUGGUGACGGUGCCUUCUACGGACCCAAGAUCGACAUCACCAUCUCUGACGCUUUGAAGCGAGAGUUCCAGUGUGCCACCAUUCAACUCGAUUUCCAAUUGCCAAACCAGUUCGAGCUUGAGUACAUGACAUCUGAAGUUAUUCCUACAAAAUCCAAGGACCAACCACAGGAAGGCGAACACAUCGAGCAGAAGAAGGAGAAGCUGGAAGGUGCCGAUGUUACCAUCCCCAAGAAGAUCAAGGAACCGCAACCAGGUUAUGCCCGUCCUGUUAUGAUUCAUCGUGCUAUCUAUGGAUCUUUCGAGCGAUUCAUCGCUAUCCUUACAGAGCACUUCGCCGGUCGAUGGCCUUUCUGGCUCUCUCCUCGUCAAGUCAUGGUCAUUCCCGUCAUGCCGGGUGCAAACGAUUAUGUCAAGGAAGUCCAAGCUGCCCUCCGCAAACGCCACCUCCACGCCGAUAUCGACAUCAGCGGCAACACCAUGCAAAAGAAGAUCCGCACAGCGCAACUUGCCCUGUACAACUUCAUCAUGGUCGUUGGUGCUGAGGAACAAGAAGCCCGAGCUGUGAACUGGAGGAACCGUGAUGAUCAGGAAACACAGCAGCGUGGUGUUAUUGUGCCGCUUGAUGAAGCGAUAGAGAAGCUGGUCAAGUUGAGGGAUGAGCGCAGCAUCGAGAACAAGGUCUAAGUUCCGAAUGUGAAGAAAUAUUAGCUAGAUGCAUGAGAAGGCGUACGUGGUAUGAAGAUACGAUUUCAUGAAGGAGCAAAAGAGAAAACGAGUGUUUGUGUAGCUUCACUAUACGGCAAUUUCGUAUCCACAAUCUCGAACAGUUACGCAUGAGCAACAGUUGCUC